AUGAUUGAGUCCCAAAGGUUGUAUGAGGUUAGAAAGAAGCAAAGUACAAUUACAGGAGAAGUCCUUCAAGGAAUAGAGGAGGCUAUGCAUCGUGGUGAUGGCAAAGCUUCUUCAAUUGGGACACGAGUCAUUUUGCCUUCUUCCUUCACUGGUGGUAGAUGUUAUAUGUUUAACCGUUGUCAGGAUGUCAUGGCAAUUUAUAAACAUUUUGGGUAUCUAUAUUUAUUCCUCACUAUUACGUGUAACCCAAAUUGGCCUGAAUUUCAGCGAUUCACAGAGCGAGAGCGAAUUCCUAUUGCUGAUCAUCCUGAUAUCUCUUGUCGUGUCUUUUAUGUUAAGUUGAAAUGCCUCCUAAGUGAUCUUAAGGAAGGUAUGUAUACUGUUGAGUUCUAA